UUUAUUCCAAGCUAGGUUGUGUUCAAGGAUAGCAAACAAAAUGCUGUCUAGGAAAGUUACAUCACAUGGCCAAGACUCCUCCUACUUCCUAGGAUGGCAAGAAUACGAGAAAAACCCGUUCGACCCCAUCCACAACCCAUCCGGGAUCAUCCAGAUGGGCCUCGCUGAGAAUCAGCUUUCUUUCGAUCUUCUUGAGUCUUGGAUCGAAGAAAAUCAAGAAUCGAAUUGGUAUCGAAAACAAGGUGGAUCUGUGUUUAGGGAGUUAGCUCUUUUCCAAGACUAUCAUGGCCUUCCUGAAUUCAAGAAAGUGCUGGCAGAAUACAUGUCUGAAAUAAGAGGAAAUAAGGUGAAAUUUGAUGUGGACAAGCUGGUUCUUACAGCAGGUUCAACCUCAGCAAAUGAGAUUCUCAUGUUUUGUCUGGCCGAACCGGGAGAAGCGUUCUUGAUCCCGACUCCAUAUUAUCCAGGGUUUGACAGGGACUUGAAGUGGAGAACCGGAGUGGAAAUCAUCCCAAUCCACACCUCAAGCUCCAACAACUUCACCAUCACCAAACCCUCUUUACAAGAAGCCUUCCAAAGAGCCCAAACCCUAAACCUCAAAGUAAAAGGCCUCUUCCUAACCAACCCCUCCAACCCCCUCGGCACCACCCUCUCCCUUCAAGAACUCCACCUCCUCCUCUUCUUCUCCCUCUCCCACUCCCUCCACAUCGUCAGCGACGAGAUCUACUCCGCCACCGCCUCCUUCCCCACCCCCUCCUUCAUCGAAACCCUCUCCCGCCUCCUCCCCGACCCCCUCCACCCUGCCUGGUCCCGCCUCCAUGUCGUCUCCUCCCUCUCCAAGGACCUCGGCCUCCCCGGCUUCCGCAUUGGCGCGAUAUACUCGCACAAUGCGGAGCUUGUGGCGGCCGCGACGAAAAUGUCCAGCUUUGGGCUUGUUUCGUCGCAGUCGCAGUUUCUCCUAUCGCGUAUCCUCGCGGAUAAACCAUUUAUCCGGGGUUACGCGAGAGAGAAUAGGAGGAGGCUGGGGAGGAGGCGGGGGGUGAUGCAGGCCGGGCUCAGGGAGGCCGGCCUGCAUUGUCUGAGGGGGGAGGCGGGGCUGUUUUGUUGGGUGGAUAUGAGGGGGAUGAUGGGGCCCGCCGCGACGUUCGAGGCGGAGGCGGAGCUGUGGAGGAAGAUGGUGAUGGAGUUUGGGGUGAAUGUGGCGCCCGGGGCGUCGUGCCAUUGCUCGGAGCCCGGGUGGUUUAGGGUUUGCUUCGCGAAUGUGGCGGAGGAGACGCUGAGGGAGGCGUUGAGGCGGAUUAAGGCCGUCGUGGCGGAUGCCGGGAUCCGCCGGUGAAGGUCAUUUGUGUUGU